AUGCCGAAAGAACGCCAGACAUGCACCGAGUGCUCGAUGCGCCGGCAGAAAUGUGAUCGCAACCUUCCCUGUGGUCGUUGCGUCAAGAGGGGCGAUGCUGCAAAAUGCACACGCGAAUGGCCCGAAGGCGGUUACGAUCCCAAAAUCCACCGGAUGUAUCCUCGAUCAUCCACGGCAGCAGAUUCCAGUCCCGCAGCUACCGAUACCUCUCCCCAGACUACCACUACCACCACCAACCACCUGCCAGAUGCUGUUGUACACCCUUCUCUCCGAACCCCCAAAUCUGUGACUUCUGGGCCUAGUCCCCGCGAACCACCCUCAGUCUAUCCCAGCACCCUUGGGCCCGCGCCAACCAGUGGGCCAGUUACAGACGUCGAAAACGCCGCGUCCGUACUAGAGUUCCUCACCUGGGGCCGAAGCAAGCUAUCGGACUAUGAUCUCAAAGCGUUGGACCUUCUCAAGGAACCUCACCAAUCUGGCACUGCCGCACUUCCCAAGGACACCGGGCCAGAUUGGGAUGUUUCAAAUGGCCUGGGUGGAACUGGCGCCGCUCAAGUUUCGUUUCUGCAACUGCUCCUACCCAGUCGCAAACAGGUAUUCCAGCUGGUUGAGUACCAUGUGAGUUCGAUCUUGUGGUACCAUGGAUGCUUCCAUGGUCCGACAUUUUACGAAGAGCUCAAAGAGGUCUACAAAGGCCCCAGUGGACUGCAAGUCCGAAACAUGGAUCUCAGAUGGACUGCCUUGCUCUUUGCUGUCAUGGCAGCCAGUAUGACUUGUGCCAAUGAGCAGUUGGCCUUGAGCUGGGGCUUCAAGAGGAACGAAAGAGCGAAGCUGACGAGGCAAUGGUACAAGGCUACGGUAACGUGCCUCAAUCUUGCCGACUAUAUGUGGCGACAUCACGUUUACUCGGUCGAAGCCAUCACCACGCUCACCAUGUCCGCUCAUAUCCUGGGGUUCAGCAACACUCAGAGCACCUUGCUGGGAGCUGCGGUGAAGAUCGCCCAAGGUCUUGGAUUGCAGCGACUGGGCCCAGAAGAUGAUGGGAACAAUGGGGCUGGGGUUUCCAUGUUAUCGACCCCUGCCUUACGAGAGAAGAUCAUCAAACGUGAGACAGGAAGGAGACUCUGGCAACAACUGUGUAUUCAAGACUGGUUUUCAAUCCCUUUCUCGGAAAUGUAUUCGAUCCAGAGGAUGCAUUUCUCUUCACUCAAACCUAUGAACUGCGAUGACACGACAAUGCUACCUAUCCCCGAUGAUGUCCCAAGUAUGACAAGUUUCCCCAAUUUCCUCGGGGACAUCGCAAGCUUGAUGCCGCAGAUACAUGACGCCAUCAUCUCUUCUAACACCUUGUACACCAAGUAUGAGCAGGUUCUGGCCUACGACGCACAGAUGCGGGCCCUCGCGACUGACGGACUGCCUCGCUUCUUCUCCAUGAGAGAACCUCUUCAACCGGAAUGGCCCGCAUUUAUCCCCUGGGCGCGACGAAGCUUGACCAUUUGCUUUGCCCACAAGAUCAUCAUGAUCCACCGGGCGUUUCUGGGGCGGAGCUUCACAGAGCAAGCAUUCGACUUUACACGUCGAACAUGCAUGGCAGCGGCGAAGACGAUACUGAAGGAGGCACGACAAGCGUAUGAUGAGGAGGGCCCCAUGCUCUGGAUCGACCAGGCUUUCAUGGUCGCCGCGGGGAUAACACUCGCCCUGGACAUCUUUCACCGGAGAACCAACGAACCAGAGUACGAGGAACACCGGAAAUUGGUCGAGAAUACCAUCACGAUGCUGGGUAAAUUCGAAAACAGCAUGAUCGCGAUGCGCGGCAUUCGAUUGCUAUCAUCGUUGCUUGCUGAACAGGCUCGGUUGACAGCCGACCAAACCCUAGAAAACUAUCGAAAGCGCACCCAUGACAGUAUGAGCGGGGAUCGCGGUCAACCAAAGCGCCAGAAGUUCAACGUACCUAAGUUUGUCGAGUCAUUCGUAGGAAACGACUCGUUUACUCAUUCCUUGAGGUCGGCAAAUCGAGGUGCCGAGCCCUCGAUGGACCUGUAUGAACCGACGGAAACCAAAACGCCGGGGAUACAGGAGCCCGUUAUCACGUCCGACUUGGGGUACGAGACCUUCGAACAGCUCUUCCCGCCUCACACAGGUAUCAGUAACAAUUUUCUCUUUGAGGAUCUCCUGAAUUUCGACAUCUGA